CCUUCAUUCAUUACUGCAGGCGACGUUAGUGGAAGAUCAUAUAUGUUUUUGGUACAAUUAACAGUAAUUUCCUUAAGAUGAAGCGCUGGUCUACUGUUAUUGGACGUUUCAUCAUGUUAGCACCAAUUAGGACUGUGAGCACUGAGAGUAGGAGAUGUCCUCUGUUAACUGUUCAGCCCUGUCGAGGAAUGAUGGACGAGAAGUUUCAGGUCAUCAUAAGGAAUUUACUGCCAAAUCAAGAGGUAACGCUACACUCUCUACAUCAGUCUGAAGAUAAAGACUUCUGGGAGGCUUUUGGACACUAUAUCAGUGAUGAACAUGGAACAGUAACAGUGGCAAAAGAUGAAAGUUUGGGAGGCACGUAUGAAGGCACAGAGCAGAUGGGUUUGCUGUGGAGCCUGAGGCCUGUACCAGGAAGUCGAUCUGCACUCAGGUUGCGCAAGAUGAAUGUACUCACACCGAUGGUAGUUAACAUAUCAGUCUACAUUGGGCAUCUCUCUCAAGGAUUCAGUGAGACUUCUGCGUUGGCCACGACUGUCACAGAGCGCUGGUACAUGGCACCAGGUGUACAGAGGGUGAACAUAAGGGAAAACGGAGUUCAAGGAACUUUGUUUCUUCCCCCAGGCCCUGGGCCAUAUCCAGGUGUGCUGGACCUAUGGGGAGGAGGUGGUGGAUUGAUUGAAUAUCGUUCUGCUCUGCUUGCAUCUCAUGGUUUUGCAUGUAUGGCACUUGAAUACACAGCUCCAGGAAAGCUGAAAAUGACUGAUGUUGAUAAUACAUACUUUGAGAAAGCAUACCAGAUCUUGCAAAAUCAUCCGUUAGUACAGAAGGACAAGAUGGCAAUGCUUGGGUUGUGUUUUGGAAGUGCCAUCACAUUCAGUAUGACUGCCUACUCCACAGUCAUCAAGCCCCAGUGCUGUGUGUGUAUCAGUGGAAGUCAUGUGGUUCCUGUUGAUAAAUGCCUCUUUGAAGUCUUCAAGGACAUGACAAGGCUUAUGGGUUAUGUACAAGUGAAUGAGGACAAUCACUUAGUACACAGAGACAUGCUCUUGCCGAUUCCCACAGACCCAGCUCUGAAAGUAGACGUUGGGAGAAUAAUGUGUCCUCUUAUGUUGGUGAAUGGUACUGAUGAUCAGAAUUGGGCUACUGUUGAAUCUGCUCAAGACAUUGAGAUGAUUAUGGAGAAAGCAGGAAACCGACACCUGCUGACUGUCUUCACAUACCCUGACGCUGGUCAUCUAAUUGAACCGCCAUACACACCUCACUUUAGAUCAACUAACUUCAUCCUGCAUGAAAUGAAAAAAGUUGUCAUGCUGUGGGGUGGACAAACUAAACCACAUGCAUACGCUCAAGAGGACUCAUGGGAGAAGAUUUUAGCAUUUUUCCAAGAGCACCUCUACAGUUCAAACGUUAAGGCCAAACUGUAGUUCCUUCAUUUGAAACUGUGAUAUAUGACCAACUUCAUUUCAAAAUGCUGUUAAAUGCAAUGAUUAUGCUCCCAGUGCUUGAAGUUAUAUUUCACUUUCUCUGCAUUACAUAAGAGGAUCUUAAGUGCAUUUUUAAGUAACCAUGAU